AUGUCAUGGCUCGCCCCGGCGUCGCUCAUUUUGGUAGGCGGCGUGUGGGGUACCUUGGCACGGUUGGGUCUGGUCGCGUUAAACCAGUACGAUGGACAAAGUAUUGCGCCUUUGAUCUGGGCGCAAGGUGUAGGAUGUCUGGUCAUGGGUUGGGCGUCGCACAAGACGACGAAAGCUGCGAUCGAGGCAAGCUUUGCACCGGCUUUUCCUAUGCUUACCACAGGCUUUGCUGGAUGUUGUACGUCUUUUUCGUCAUGGGUCCUUCAAGUAUUUGAAGCUUUUGCCAAUACAGAGCAUUUCGAUCGACAUGGUCUACACAAUGUGAUGGACGCCUUAACGCAAACAGCAGCUACGCUCGGUAUAGGCAUCGCUAGUUUUUGGGCUGGACGCGCCGUGGGCGACUCUUUUCCCGCGGAUCGAUGGCUACGUCUGCAUGUACCCAAGCGAUAUUCGCUUCUGCUUUCCUUGCUAGCAGGCGUACUUACGUGGGUCGGUGCGGCCCUCUUGUGUGGACUGUAUGCACCGUUCCGACACGUUACGUGGUCCCUCGUCUUUUGUCCCCUUGGUGCGUGGCUGCGCUGGCAGUUAGCGCGUCUACACACGCCGCCGUCCGUGGAUAAGAAAAUUCCCAUGCAUCAUGUUCUAUCAUGGCCGAUCGGCACUUUUCUUGCGAAUAUCCUUGGAACUAUGGUGCUUUGCGGUGCACUCAUUGGGCAACAAUAUGGCCAUAUUACCGCGCUUCCGUGUGGUGUCUUGCAAGGUCUUCAAGAUGGCUUUGCUGGGUCGCUUAGCACCGUGAGCACAUUCAUCAGCGAAGCCGUGGCCCUCCGACCUCUUCGUACUUCUUUCGCUUACCUCUUUGUGUCCUGGAGCUGUGGUGUAAUUCUCAGUCUUCUUCUUGUUGGUGUGCCCACCUGGACCCUACCCAAUGCGCACUUUGCGCCCUGUGUACCAUAG